GUUAAUCAUUACAGAAGUUUGUUUCUAUCAUCAAAUAUCGUAGAGUUAUAGAUUUCUUACACAUCUUUUUUAACGAUGAAUUUAAUUAGUUUUUGUAUGGUUACAAUUUUUCUUAUCUUAUUUGAUGUGGUCUCCGUUCGAUCCACCGAAGAAUCAUCAAAAACUUGCGAUUUACCGAAGGAAACAGAAAUUGUGAUUGUUGGAGCAGGUGCAGCUGGUAUUGCCGCUGCUUCGAGAUUGUUACAAAAAGGAGUAAACGAUUUUGUAACACUGGAGGCCAAUGACAGGAUCGGUGGUAGAAUAUGUACCAAAGACUUUGGUAAAAAUGUGGUAGAUCUUGGUGCUGAGUGGGUCCAUGGAGAAUCUGGAAAUAUAGUGUUCGAGCUUGCCUCUAAACAUGAUCUACUGAAUUCAUUAGUUAUUUUGCGCGAUCCCAGUAAACAUGAAUUUGUCACUAUUAAUGGUGAAAUAAUGCCGAACGAGGAAAGUACCAAAACUAUAACACUUUAUGAGAAUAUUUCGGAUAAAAUAGGACAGGAAGAAUUCAAAAACGAAACAGGAUCUUUAGGAGAUUAUUUUAUAAGAGAAUUUUAUAAAGCUUUUGAUGAGAAGCCUUUCAUGAAUCGUACUAGGGUUCCUGAAUAUUUAUCCUUGAUAGAAAAGAUACAAAACUCUGUAGAUAGCAGUGACACAUGGUUUGACGUUUCUGCGAAACGUUCGGCGGAAUAUUGGGAUUGCGAAGGUGAUCUUAUGUUGAAUUGGAAGGGGCGUGGCUAUAAAACGAUUUUUGAUAUAUUAAUGCAAAAGAUUCCAAAUCCAGAAGAAGCUUUGCCAAUAAUGGAAAAAAUAGAGUUCGGAAAAGUUGUGGCAACUAUCAAUUAUAGUUCAGGCGAGAAUGUGACAGUAAUUACUAGGGAUGGUUGCGAGUAUUCCACAUCGCAUGUUAUAUUCACUGGAUCUCUAGGUGUUCUGAAGGAGAAAUAUUCCUCGAUGUUCGUGCCACCUUUGUCGCAGAAGAAACAACACGCUAUAGAGGGAUUAAAUAUUGGAACAGCGGACAAGGUCUUUCUCGAAUUUUCACACAGAUGGUGGCCGGAGGACAAAAUCAGCAUUGAUUUUAUCUGGCCGGAAAAAAAUAAGAAGGAAUUCUUACAAACUUAUGGUCAAGAUAGUGAAUGGCUCUGUGAUGUAUUCACGUUUAUUACUGUGGCUCAUCAGCCGAAUCUUUUAUGUGCUUGGAUAACUGGAAAAAACGCUAGACACAUGGAAACUUUAUCGGAUGAUUCUGUAUUUGACGGAUUAUAUUUAUUGUUAAAAAAGUCGUUGGAAAGCCAUUACAAUGUCACAAAACCAAUAAGAAUGUUAAGGUCCAAAUGGUAUACCAACGAACACUUUCGAGGCUCUUACAGUUUUCAUAGCAUGCUUUCCGAGCAAAUGAAUGUAACACCGAGAGAUCUAGCAGAGCCAAUUAUGACUGGAAAUAAACCUGUGAUUCUUUUCGCUGGAGAAGCUACACAUGAUCAUUAUUAUUCUACUGUACACGGCGGCGUGGAAACUGGUUUCCGUGAAGCUGAUAGACUAAUCAAUUUUAAAAGGCAGUUAGAUUCCCAUCUUUAACUACAUCUUCUAUGAUUAUCACUCUCGACGUAAUGAAUGGAUUACGGAAAACUACUAGACAUAUGUUUGCAAUUUCCAAUGUUUGAUCGUCAUGCAUACAUGACGAAUAUAUUUAAGGCAUGGGUAACUACACUACCUGUUAUAAACAUUUAUAUGAAA